GUGAGAACCAUCUGUACCAGUUAGACGCUGACCUGAAUCUGUUGGUAGAUGUCCAGACAGGCCCAAAGAACGACAGCACCAUGUGUUUUCCGCCCCCAGGGGCCUGCUUUGUCAACAGGACAGCCACCAAUAACCACAACAAGGUGUUGGUGGUGGAUACCCAGAGAAGAAACCUGAUUACCUGUGGCAGCGUGUACCAGGGAAUGUGUGAAACCAGGAGUCUUGCCAACGUGUCCAAAGUAUUUGACACUCCUGACGGCAAAGAUAUCCAGAACUUCGCAGUUGCUGCCAACACGGAGGAUGGCUCCACGGUUGCAUUCAUAGCACCUGGCCCGUCAUCGCUGAUGGGAACCGUGCUGUACGUGGCCACGACUUACACAG